AUCGAAAUUGUGUGUUUUGUGUGAUUUUUAACAUUUUUUUUAAUUAGAGUUAAGUUUAUAGUGAUUUAUAGCCAUAGUACAGUCUGAACGAGACAAGAAUGUAUAUGUAGAAGCGCGAGUACAGCAACAGUUUCGCGUGCGGUGAAGCAUUUCAUUCAUCGAUUUAAGUCGAAAUCCAAUCCUAAUCUACUGGUAGCUGUCGUCUGGCCGUGUUUACCAUUUACCAUUGAUAGAAAACCUAAGUUAGUGUGUCAAACGUUUCAGGACAUGAGUGAAACGCCGGAGACCAGUAAAAAGCGUCAAAAGACGUGCCUCCAAGUGGCGACGAAUGUGACCGAACAGAAGCAUCAUGUCACCCGCGAGACACGCGGCAAGAAUUUGGGCCUGUGUCGCGGCUUUCGUGGAUGCACCGUGUGGCUGACGGGUCUCAGUGGCGCUGGCAAGACCUCGAUUGCCUUUGAGCUGGAGGCGUACUUGGUGUCGCGUGGCAUACCCGCCUAUGGCCUGGAUGGGGACAACAUACGCACCGGUCUGAACAAGAAUCUGGGCUUUACGCCCGCCGAGCGCGAGGAGAACAUCCGCAGGGUGGGCGAGGUGGCAAAGCUGUUUGCAGACAGCGGUGUGGUCUCCAUUUGCAGCUUCGUGUCGCCGUUCGCCGACGAUCGGGAGAUGGCGCGCAAGAUACACAAGGAUGCGGGAUUAAAGUUUUACGAGAUCUUCGUGGACACACCGCUGGACGUGUGCGAGACGCGCGACGUCAAGGGGCUGUACAAGAAGGCACGCGAGGGCGUCAUUAAGGGCUUCACGGGCAUCACGCAGGAGUACGAGCGGCCCCACAAGCCCGAACUGGUGGUCAGCACCCACGAGUGCACAGUGCAGGAGUCCACGCAGAAGCUGGUGACACUGCUCGAGCAGGAGGGCAUCAUUCCGAGGUCGUUGCGUGACGUGGAUCUUCUGCCGGAGCUGUACCCCAGCGAUUCCAUUGCCAGCGAUGCUCUGUGCCACGAGGCGGAGUCCCUGCAGGCGCUGCCAAUCAGCACCGUGGAGCUGCAGUGGGUGCAGGUGCUGUCGGAGGGAUGGGCCUAUCCCCUGCGCGGAUUUAUGCGGGAGGACGAGUACCUGCAGACGCUGCACUUCAACACACUCCAGAGUGGAAUGGACGGCUCCUAUCGCGAAAACCAUUCGGUGCCAAUUGUGCUUAGCGCCACGACAGAGGACAAGGAGCGGCUGGACGGUGUGUCUGCCCUGACGCUGACGCAUGAGGGUAAGCCAGUGGCCAUUCUGCGCCGUCCAGAGUUCUACUACCAGCGCAAGGAGGAGCGUCUGGCCCGCCAGUUCGGCACCAGCAAUCCCAACCAUCCGUACAGCAAGCAGGUGCUCGAGUCCGGCGAGUAUCUCGUGGGCGGCGAUCUGGCCGUAAUCGAACGCAUCCGCUGGGAUGAUGGGCUCGACCAGUACCGUCUGACGCCGAACGAGCUGCGCCGCAAGUUCAAGGAGCUCAACGCCGAUGCGAUCUUCGCCUUUCAGCUGCGGAAUCCCAUUCACAACGGUCACGCUCUCCUCAUGCAGGACACCAAGAGGCAGCUGCUCGAGCGGGGCUUCAAGCAGCCAGUCCUGCUGCUGCAUCCAUUAGGUGGCUGGACCAAGGACGAUGAUGUGCCCCUGGAUGUACGCAUGAGACAGCACCAGGCCGUCCUCGAUGCCGGCGUCCUGCGGCGCGAGGACACUGUGCUGGCCAUCUUUCCAUCGCCCAUGAUGUACGCCGGCCCCACUGAGGUACAGUGGCAUGCCAAGGCGCGCAUGAAUGCCGGCGCCAAUUUCUACAUAGUGGGCCGCGAUCCAGCCGGCAUGCCGCAUCCAGAUAAGGGUGCCUAUCCCGACGGUAACCUCUACGAUGCCACACAUGGAGCGCGUGUAUUGAAGAUGGCCCAGGGUCUGGACAGCAUGGAGAUCCUGCCAUUCCGCGUGGCCGCGUACGACAACAGUGCCAGCCGGAUGGCUUUCUUUGAGCCACAGCGCAAGGACGAGUUCGAGUUUAUAUCGGGCACCAAGAUGCGCACGCUGGCUAAGACCGGUGCCAGUCCACCCGUUGGCUUCAUGGAGCCUGAAGCUUGGAAAAUUCUGGCCACCUACUAUCAGAACCUGCAACAGGCGUAACCCCCUGCCCGUCCAUGUCCCCCAUGGCCCACAAUGUGCAAUUUACCCUAGAUAUAUUGCUAUACCUCUAUUCUUAUACAUAUAUAGGAUAUAUAUAUUCCUAUUUGAUCACCCUAAAUAAUUUACUACUUUUGCACUCUUUUCCCAAAUCCGAGCCCCGUGUCGUAUGAAUGUAUGUUAUUCCCCCCUCGUUCCUGCUCUUUAAAUGUUCGUAUCGUACAAUCGUAUUUGUAUCUACUCUUAAGUUGUCCAAUUCUCUGUUUAAUAUUAAGCAAAAUGUCGCCGUUUUGUGGACUGUUUUUAUAAAUAUUUAAUUAAUUCAUUAUUUA